AUGGCCACUGGAAUCUUCAACUCCACAUACUACGGCAAGGACUACCGCGCCGGUGCCGCCCUCCUUCGUGCCCGCCGGCCAUAUCUGUUCAAGAAUGCCCUGACCGGCUUCGGGCUAUUCGCCUUCUCAAUUGGCGUCUGUACGUACCUCUCGAUCUCCAGUUUCACCAUAGAAGGCCCUUGUUCCUACAUUCGCGACCACCCAGCAUCAUGCCACUCGCCCACCAACCUAGGUGGAACGAUACCACAAGAUACAUCGCCUCCCACAGGACACUCUACACAAGGCCCCUUCCAAGACCAGUUUGCUAACCACGACGCCUUUCUCACAAAUACAGACGCCUACACCAUCAGCGCCGUCGGCCAAGAAGAAUUCUCCGACGUCAAAGUCCCCGACGCCCCCACCCAGAAACUCCCGGCACAGAAAUAA